AACAACAACAACAACACCAAGCAAAAGAUCAAGACAUUGUUGAGAUCUCUGUGUGUGUGUAUUGAUUGUGAAUUGGCUGGCUGACAUUCUUAUUUUUAUUUUUUGGCCAAGCAAAUGGUGAUGUGAAUUAAGUGUUUUUUUUCUAUUUACCUUCAAUACUCGCCCCUCUCACCACUCUCAUCGUAUAUAUACGAUAUAGACUUUUUUAAAAUAUAUUACGAUGUCGUUGUAGUCGUCGUCGUCAUCAUUGUUGACAUUUUUAUUAUCAUCAUACAUCAUUAUCAUAUGAUACAUACAUCAUAAUGUCUUCAUCAAAUACAAACAAUGAUAACCUUAAAUGUCAACAACAACAACGUAGUCUACUUCUCGAUCGAUUAGAUUCAUUGAUAACGCAGUGUCAUAAUCGUUUUGUUAAUCGUUAUGAAUUAGCCACUGAAAAUGAUUCAUUAGUAACAGAUCUUUUAUCGAUAAUUGAAGAAAUUUUCACUCAUGGAUUGUUGACAAAAAGACCAAAUAAAAUUAUUGGACGUGGAAACAAAUUAUUGAGCAAUAUUCUUACCAAGAAUGAUUCAAACCUGUAUUUUUGGAAUUAUAUUAGUUUAUUUCUUACCGAACAUGAAGUAAAACGAUUUUUAUCACUUCGUAAUAUCCAUACAGAUCUAGGUCGAGGACGUGCAUGGAUCCGUAAUUGUUUAAAUGAACAUUCGUUGGAAAAAUAUUUCCUAAUGAUCGUUGAAGACCAUCAUGAACAUCGACAACAAUUUUAUGAUGAUUGGGCCUUAUUUUUAUCUCAGGAUCUACUUAAUGGAUUGCCUUCAUUAUUUAAACGUAUAAAUUCAAUUCUCUUUGCCCUAAAUAUUGAUAAUGCAGAUCUGGAUAGGCCAUCAUUGUCAUUGUCAUCAUCACCAAAUAAAUUCGAAGAUGAUACGAUAGUCAAAUCUUUGGCACCGAUUAGAAAAAAUGAUGAAAAUGAUCGUUUAGUAAAAUCGAUGAGAAAAAAGAGCAAUUUGAUCAUAAUACAUGAUAAUGAUGAUGAUGAUGUUGAUGAUAAAUAUGAAGGUCCAGAAACUUCUGUUGCUUGCCUUGCUCGAAGUGCACCAGUCAAUUCAUUUCUUAUACCUUCAAGUAUGUCAACAGUAACUCAGGAAUCAAUGAUUGAUGAAUCGAAUUCAUCUGAAACUAAACGAAGUUUAUCAUCAUUAUCUCUAACUGAAUCUGAACCAUCAAAAUUAGUUCUUUAUCCAAUAUCUGAUGAUGUCAAUAUUGUACCAUCGUCAUCGACGAAUCCAAUUCUAGAUGAUAAAUAUCAAAAUGAUCAUUCCAACGAUGGUUAUUCUAUUUUAUGUGAAAAAAUUGAUGAUUUACAAAAAACUCGAGAUCGUCUGACAAAAGAGAAUAAUUUGCUCAAUAUUCAGAUGAAAAAAUAUAUAGCAACAAUUGAAUUGCUUAAAUAUAAUAAAUGUACAAUUCAAUCACAACCAGAAACAUAUCAGCAACAACAAUCAUCAUCCCAUCAUAGUGAUUAUUUAAAUCAUACAAUCGAAGAUUAUCAGAAAAAAUUGAUUCAAGUUUCUGAAAUGCAUGGUGAAAUUGUAGAAUUUAAUGAACAUCUAUAUAAAGUAAUACAGAUUAAAGAUGCAAUCAUUGCUAGAUUAAGAAAUGAAUUGAUCGAAUUACGAGGUCCUUUACCUGAUCAGGAUGAAGUAAUAAGCAUAUCAACGGAAUUAGAAUCGAAUACUCAUUCAUUGCAAUCAUUACCACAACCAUUGAUACAUGUAUGGAUACCAACGGCAUUUUUAUCCGGUGGUUUCAAGGGAAAAUCACAUCACAUCUAUCAGAUUUAUGUACGAAUUAAAGAUGAAGAAUGGAAUGUUUAUCGACGAUAUUCACAAUUUUAUAGCCUUUAUAGGUUAUUAAAAAAUCAAUAUCCAACAACGGCAAGAUUUGAAUUUCCACCGAAAAAAGCAAUCGGUAAUAAAGAUUCACGUGUCGUACAGGAACGUCGUAAGAAAUUGGAAUGCUAUCUACGUAAUGUAAUCAAUCAUAUACAGUUACAGCAUAUGGAUAUUAAUAAUAAAGAAAAAUUUACAACCAUUUUGCCUUUUCUUAGUGACAAAUAUUUCCUACAGGAUCGAUCACAAUCAGAAUCGAAUCUUCAUCAGCAUCAUCAACAACAACAACAGCAGCAGCAGCAACAACAACAAUCUAGUACAAGAAAUUAUCUGGGAUUCUAGACGCCAUCAAUCAAUCAAUCAAUGAAACAGUUCAAAUUAUUUUAUAUAAAUUUAAUUAUUAUCAUUGUUAUCUUUUUUU